AUGGAAAAUGAAGACCAAAAGAUCCAGGGCCUCACAUUAUUGGACAGGUCUCAGUUCGGAUUCCAGUCUGGAAUGGUGGGCAACGCCAUCAAGUCGACGCAGCAGGGCGCGGCUCUGAAAAGCAACACCAAGGAGGGUGCACCUAGCAUCCAGGUGGAGAUCACACCCACCGCUUCCAGGAUCUCUCGGAAUGCUGUCACGUCGCUCUCUAUCAGGGGCCACCGCUGGAAACGACACGACGCAGUGGAUCUGGGUUCCCCGGAUGAGCUGAUGGAUAUUUCGGAGGCGGACGAAGGCGGGAUGGCGCCUGACACAAACCCACCCACCAUCAUCAUCAGCAACAGCGUGACCGCGUUAAAUCUAGGGGCAAAGGCCAUAAAGAAGUACCGUCUGGGCGGGCGCAGCAAGGACAAAGAAUCCAGCCCGCUCCCCAUCGGUCGAGCGGCUAGCGAGAGCGUGGAGACGUCCGUCAAACGUCUCACGCUCACUUCGAGCCAGUCUGUGCCCAAAGCAGGAGCUCUCACCAGCUUGACACGCACGGCCAGCGCCGUGUUCUCUCGCUCUUUUGAGCAGGUAGCCGCCGGUACCACCCCACCCCCUGGCAACCACACUGCCCCAGAAUCUGGCACUUAUUCAUGCAGCCUGCAGGAGGAAGAGACGGCCUAUUUAAACCACACGCAACGUUCGCCAAGUAUCAGCGCGCACCUUGGCUCGGACCUUUGAAACGGUUUUAUGAUGAACCUUUGGAUUUGAUCCUGUGAUUCUGCACCAGUAACCUGGAGCUGUAAGCCAUGCCAACCACUAGGUACCACGAACAUUUUUUUUUCUUUUCCUUCGCUCCCAUGCUCCACUGCGGUGUUGUUCUUUCUGUGCCGGGGAGUUGAAGUCACUUUGCCGAUUUCUUUGACUCAUUCAUUGUAAACCACUGCCAUGUCAGGAAGAAAUUUACAAGCCUCUGACAAUAUAUACAUUUAAAUGAAACUCAACAUAAUUAGUCCAAUGAUGUUUUUGACUCUGGUGAGAGGGCUAUGAAGUAUCAGGGUUUGCACUUGAGAGGCUAAUUACAUAUUUAUAAAGGAGUAACUCUCACAGGUACCAAUCCCAAAAGAAGGUGUGUUACAUAUGUCUGUAAGAAAACCUGUGGAUUCUUUUAAUACCUCAUUUAGCCACCAUGCCAGGUAUUUGUAGUAUUUCUGACGUCUCUUUCCUUUUGUUCCAAGUCAACCCACCUCCAUCAAAUCAUCAUGCUAACACAAAGGUCACCUCCAUCCCCAGUGUAAACUGUCGUCUGUGUCCUAUUAACGGUUUGGUGUACAUAAUUUGAAUGGACAAUCGAUGUGUUUCAGUAUGUCAGUUUACAAAUUGUGACUGCUUCUGCUUUUGCUGUACAUCAUAUUGUUGUUCUUAAGAUGUUUUUACUGGCCUUUUUAUAUGUCCGAGGAUGUGCAGCUCAUUGCUUCUGGAAAUAAAGUGUUUCUUUUGACUCAAA